AGACGUCACUUCCGCUUUCCAGACUUAUAAAACAUACGAGCUCGUUUAUGUCGUUGCGCAGCUUCUCCGAUGGUUUUGUAGAUCGACGUUUCUUCAAAGCGCUGCGUGGUCAUAUGACAGUUUUUUUCUUUUAGUGAAAAUCAGCCACAACAACAGCUCCGCUCAUUUGUUGUCUCACCGGUUGAGACAUGGCACAAUUCCUCGAGUUCAUUGUUUAAUUCUCCUUGACGUUCGCUACAACGGACCAUACUACCUUAACCAACAAGUGUUUCUGACAUAUAAGCUGUUGUAAGGUUCCAGUUAGGUGAAGUACAAGCGAUGAACGCCCUCUGAACUUCUUCACCAUCUUCAUCAUUCCGUGUCCUGGUUCUGCAGUGGAGCCGCUCUGAGCAUCAGUUACUCUUGUUUCCAGCACACCAUGAUUCAGUGACAUCACUUUACAGACUUGAUAUUUCCUGGGUCAGCUGAGCACCAUGACGACACCAAAUGGCUACUCCAUCAACUCAGCGCGGUCUGACGAGAGCGAGGACGAGGAGCCCCUCAUCGAAAAUGAUGCAGCCCAUCCACAGUGCUGCUCGACCCGCCUCAACCUGGCCAUCCUGAUGAGCCUCGGCUUCGCCGUGGUCUACGCUCUCCGGGUCAACCUCAGCGUUGCCAUGGUCGUCAUGGUGAACACAACUGACCCUGAACCAGCCAAGAACGGCAGCGUCUUCCACGCUUGUCCACUGCAGCCAGGGAUGGAAAACACUAGCGAUCAUAUUGCACAACCUGCCGGGGUCCCUCAGUAUCCGUGGGACUCUGAGACUCAGGGCUGGCUGCUGGGAGCCUUCUUCUUUGGCUAUCUGUGCACACAGAUCCCCGGCGGCUACCUGGCGGGUCACUAUGGUGGGUCUAUCUUCUUGGGUUUGGGUGUUCUGGGCACCGCUGCUCUCACUCUGCUCACCCCUCUGGCUGCCCAGAUGGGAUCAUACUGGCUGUUUGCACUGCGAGCGCUGGAGGGCUUUGGGGAGGGUGUGACGUUCCCGGCCAUGAUGGCCAUGUGGGCUCGGUGGGCUCCUCCGUUGGAACGCUCUCGUCUGAUGGCCCUGUCGGGAUCCGGGUCCAACUUCGGAGCCUUUUUGGCUCUGCCGCUUACCGGGUACAUCUGCCAGACGUUAGGCUGGCCCACUGUCUUCUACAUCUGUGGAGGGGCCGGCUGCAUCUGGUCGAUCUUCUGGUUUGCUUUAGUAUCCGAUGACCCUCGCACCCAUCGCCGGAUCAGCGAAGAGGAGAGAGAUUACAUCAUAAACUCCAUCGGACCUCAGGGCACAGGUCACGGCUGGUCCGUUCCCCUGGUGUCCAUGCUGCUGUCAGUUCCUCUGUGGGCUGUCAUCCUCGCCCAGAUGUGUUCAAACUGGUCCUACUACACCCUGCUCACCUCCCUGCCCACCUACAUGGACCUCAUCUUGCACUUUGACCUACAAUCGAACGGCUUCCUCUCCGCGCUGCCGUACCUCGGUGCCUGGAUUGUCUCCAACCUGUCCGGUGUCGCAGCCGACUACCUUAUCGAGAGGAGAGUGUACAGUGUCACAGUCGUCCGUAAGCUCUUUACUAUCUUGGGUCUGUUGCCGGCUGCCGGUUGCCUCGUGGCCGUGAGUUACGUCGGCUGCAACCACAUCCUCACCAUCACCUUCCUCACACUCUCCACGUCCAUAGGAGGGGUCACCGCCGCCGGAAUCUAUAUGAACCAAAUAGACAUCGCACCUCGGUAUGCUGGAUUCCUUCUGGGAUUCACCAACACAUUUGGGACGAUUCCUGGAGUCUUGGCACCAAUUGUUACAGGAUACUUUACUGAAGAUCACACCCUGGCAGGCUGGAGGAAGGUGUUCUGGUUGGCGGCCGGGAUCAAUGUCGGCGGUGCUCUCGUCUACACCAUAUUCGGCAGCGGGAAGAUCCAACCGUGGGCCAUCACGGAGGAGGACAGAGCGGAGGCUGAGAAGAAGAGGAGCAGGUCUAUCUCCGCAUGAAACACGAAGAAAACCCGAACUGAAGCGGCAGACGUUGCACCGCUCUAAAAGACAUUUUAACCCAGUGCACAAAAAAAAUUUAAGUAGAGGACUACCUCUGUAAAUUGAAGUAUACAUUUAAGAUAUUUGCAGUAUUCACACUUAAGGAAUAUGAAGAGCUCGAGAGUUGUCAUUCACAGGUGGUUUUUACAGUGUUUGCAGAGUUUUAUAUCAAAAAUAUGCACCUAUGUUUCUACAGUAAUUCCAGCAAACACAUAAUAAAGGAUUUUAGAGCAGUUUUACACAUCAGAAUUUUAAGUUCAGCACUUUUUUUUUAAGUUAAUGGGAGACAGCAGAUGGUUGGAAACACUACAUCAACACCUGCUGGAUAUUCACUGCCUUUACCGAUCAGGAAGAUGUGAUUGCUUUUACUCAUGUUCUGUUUCCUGUUGUCGAACGUCACAUCCGUUAACUCUAGUAGUGUUACAUUCUGAUGGGAUGUUUGCUUUAAAUUAUACAUGGACUUUACGGUACCUCAGGUUAGACCAAAACAAAUCAAAUUAUGUGAUUUCUUUUUUAGGAUGUUUGAAACUUUUUCUUCAGAGCAGGAUUUUGAGGUGCUGCUUUGUUUUCUCUGACCACUUCUGGGCUGAAGAAGCACUUUUCACAUAUAAAAAUACACCAAAAGCCUUACGUUAUGUAACAGUGCCAACUCUUCCUGGAGAUGGUUUUCAUUCAGUCUUCAAAGAACCACGGUUCUUAAAUUUCUUCCAUAAACCAAAGCAACUCCUACUGCCAGGAUUUGAGUAUUCGUAGUUAAAGUGCCACGAGUUCUGACCCACUUUUCGCGUGAAUUUGCAGUGUUUUUAAUUGUUUCUCUGAGUUCACUGCCUGUGUUUCAUAAUUCCCUCAACUACAAGAAUCAUUCUUUUUUAUGGAAAAUGUAUGUUUGCAAUUUCAUGAAACUGUGAUUGUAAAAGAUAUGUUGUUUUUUUUUGUUUUUUUUAAAACGGAUGCAAUAAUUUAUUUGCCUUGUCAGUGCUUUGACAAUGUGUGAUGUUGUACAAAUGCGUUGAAAGUGUUUAUGUAGUCGUACUUGUUUAUUGAACAAACAAAACUUGACCCUUUAUCAAGUUUGUUUUACAAAGCAAAACUAAAAUCUGUGGAAUCUAG